AUGGCGGGGCUGACAGCAGAGGAAGUCAGCGUGGGGCUCAAGAUGGCUCCGCGAAAUCUGCCGCUGGGGCCGGAGAGAGUGAUUUAUCCUCUGUCAGACUCCCCCACUGUGAAGAUGUCCCAGUCAUCACCCGCUGAUGAAGGCACAACGUUUGAGCACCUCUGGAGCACGCUGGAGCCAGACAGCACCUACUUCGAUCUCCCUCCAUCCAACCAUGCGGGCAGCAAUGAGGUCUCCAACCGCACGGAAGUCACGAUGGACGUCUUCCAGAUGAGGAGCAUGAACGACUCGGUCAUGUCCCAGUUCAAUUUGCUCAACAACAGCAUGGAUCAGAGCAUCGGCAGUAGAAAAGACUCCACCAGACCCUACAGCUCCGAGCACACCUCCAAUGUCCCAACGCACUCGCCCUACUCGCAGCCCAGCUCUACCUUCGACGCCAUGUCCCCAGCUCCCGUCAUCCCUUCCAACCCCGACUACCCCGGUCCCCACCACUUCGAGGUGACCUUCCAGCAAUCCAGCACCGCCAAGUCGGCCACCUGGACAUAUUCCCCCCUGCUGAAGAAACUCUACUGCCAGAUUGCAAAAACAUGUCCCAUCCAGAUCAAG